AUGAGUGAUGAAGAGAAUCUGCGAAAGAUUAUGAUGAUGGGUUUCGCCGAUGAGGACGAUAUAAGAGCUGUUCUAAAGUCCUGCAGCUCAGAUGUAAACGAAGCACUUUCUGUAUUAGCGUCUGAAGGCAUAUAUUCGAAGAAUAAUGUUGCGUUCACACCUGAUAAGGGUUCCAAUGAUGAUAAACAAUUAUCGGAGGGCGAAUUCACUGAGACCAGUGGUACCAUUUUAGAUGAAAGUACAAGUCCACUUGAUAAACUGGUUAAGGGUCACGAUAUAAGUCAUGGUUUUACUUCAUUUGAAUUCAAUAGACUUCAGAGUCGAAUUUAUACUGAACAAUGGGAUAUACCAUGUUUGAGAUCACAAUCGCUCGGUCUCUGUUUGUUGGGUACCAUCCAUGAAAUAAGGCUUAAUGGUCUGAAAACAUUUGAUUUGUAUCCUGAGGCUCAAAGGUUCUUGACAGGUUGUCUGAAGGAAUGUGUUACUAAACUAAUGACAUCUCAGGCUGUAUUCAACUGGGACCGUGAUACUCUCGAAGGUGUACAUAAUAUGCUAGAAUUAAUAAUUCGUUUAAUUUGUGAAUAUAUGGCUGUACUGAAAGUAACUAUUCUUGAAGAGAUGAAAGAAGGCACCGACGAUGAUACUGUACAAACGUCGUCUGUGAAAAAUAAACGUAUCCAAUCACUUGAAGGAUUAAAAUGCAGAACAUUUUUAUUCACUGAAACAUUUCAACUACUUUCUAUGAUUUUCGAUUGUGAAACGAAUUAUCAUCAAUUGUGCCGAGAUAGAAAUAGCAAUACUGGAACGUAUGCAGAUCCAUUCAAUGACUGGAGUCAAAUUUCACGCCAGCAUAUGGGAGAUAUUGUCUUCGCUGAAACAUUGCCAACACCACGAAACUUUUAUCUUGUCAGUCUGCUCAACUGCUUUGGAGUUUAUAAUGGUUUCAGUUUACUCAGUUGGUUUGCAACUCAACCUUGGUCUAACAUAAAUCUCACAUCGAUAUUUCUUCUCCCAAUGGCCAAGUGCACCGACUAUCUUACUCUGUAUACAAUGGAGAAUUACGCAGCUAAAAUAAUGUAUCGAGUUAUCUGGCGUUUAUCUAAUCUAAACGCAGAAGACUUUAAAGACAGAGACUCACGCAUAUUUGAACUUAUCACCAGUGUUCGAGUACUAACCUAUCGGUUGAUAGAUUUAAAUGUUGCAGACAAACUUGGCUCUUUGUUAACAACACAAGAAUGCAAUUCAUGCCUUGACAGUUUAAUGUUUACUAUCUUUGAACCGGAUUGGGAAGAAGUUAUAUCAAGGUAUAGAAAAUCCCGCAGUGAAUCAUCAACAGCUGAUCAAAUUUCAUUGUUUUCAAUUCCUCUAAUUGAUAAACUGCAUUACAGUGUACUCCUAUCGGCUAUAUCACCACCACAAGGUGCAGGUGGAGCAACAUUCAACGGACGUAUCAUGGCGUUAAGAGAACUUGUUCAACAAAUUGAAAUAGCUAAACAAUUCGGGAAUUCGAAUACUUCCUCAUUAAGUGGGCUCAGAAAUGGUCAAAAGCGAACACGUCCCUCAGUGCCGCUUACAUCGGCUAGUUUGUUAGCUACAGAGAAUGUUGCUUUCCUGGCUAAACGACAAAAAAGGCGUGUUUUAAGACUGGAUCAAUUAAUGUCAUGGAUUCAAGAUAACGAAGUGAUAGCAAAGUCGUUACAUAAGCUGGAUAACACUGCUUAUAUGGCUACACUAAGCAACUUUUUUCGAUCACUUGGAGAACGUAUUACCAAUGAUGACUUGACAACACUAUGGCAUCGUACAUCGCAUCAAAACGGAGCAGCUGUAGAUAAUAUUCUAAAUCUGCUUACAGACUUGUCAUCCUCCAGAUUCACACAAUCUCAAUUGAAGCAUUUAUUUUUUCUUGUUGAACUGAGUUGGAUGAAUCUGGAUCUUCAAGCUCUUGCACAAGUUCCCCUAGGAAUAAAAUCUUCUGAUUCUGCUCAAGCAAACGGAAGAACAAAAUCUGCUUGUAUCUCAUCACCUCCACCGGAUGAACCGUCUACCAUACGUCAUGCACGCGCUCGAUUAUUGAAUAUGAUUGGUAGAAUCGGCAUUACCACUAAGGAUCCGAAUACAGCUGAUAUGUGUAUAGAAUUACUAUGGCGUCUAGCACAUUCAAAUUAUUCAGAAGAGGCAAAAGAGUUUUCAAAAAGUAAUCACAGUCCAAAACAAACACCACAAAAGAUGUCUUUUGUCGAACGAAUUCUUGUACCACAUGUGCAUAAAGCUGAUCAUCAUCCAGCUGAUUCGGAUCCAUCGCCAGACACUCCAAAAUAUAUGCAUCCUGAACCGAUAGAAGCAGCUUUAGCUCAGCAGUUAGUCAUUAUACGGGAAUUUCAUUGCUCUGGUGUAGAUCAGAGAAUACGCGCAAUGCGGUGGUUACUCGAGGCUAUGGGAUACAUUAGCAAGAAUUCACUGACAUUUUUCAUGUUAGCUUAUGUGAAGUCUCUAUUAGAAUUUAUACUGAAAAAUUUUAUUGGCAAGGCGAAACGGGAUCAUCUGCAUGAACUUAAUCGAUCGUAUGAAUUGAUUACUCGUGUGGUUGACUCUUUAUUACAUUAUGAAAAAUGGGCUAUUUCAUCUCACGGUGAUUUGCUGACAGCAGACAGUUUAGAUGAACUUGGUUUCCGGCAUAGUGAUGUGAUAAAGCGGCAUUUCGAUCUUUUGCAUUACUUGCUACGCAAUGCAGAACUCACAUUGAGUGUUGAACGUGCAAAAGCGCUGUGGGAGACAUUAAUUGGUCAGACACGAGCUGCACCAUUUGACCGUGAACAAGCAUUCAUUUGGUUCUCGUCAUGCUUAAAUUUUCUUGACACUGAUGCUCAAACAUUCGUCUUCACAAAAGUAAUUUUGAAAUCAAAUCCUGCGUUAUUUCGUUCAAUCGCUGGGUUUGAAUGCUUUAAAGGCUUUUUUGAGAAAGUCAAUUUAAACGAAGGUCGUAUGAAACAGGUGGCAAAAUCAUGGCAUGUUGAACGACCUGAUUUAAUUGGAUUAGAAUUUCUAUGGGAUUUAUAUCUAGCCCUACCAUCAUCUGAUGCAAGUCUAGACGGUGGACAUUCAAAUCGUCCUGUGGAGGCUGAAGCGACGUCCACCGUUAUCGAUGCAACAACUGGAAAUAAGUCAAGUCUUGGUGAUUCGUCUAAAAAUCAGUCUGUACCUGCUGUAAUAUCAUAUUCAGUGUCGUUGUCGUCAUCAUCAACAUCGUCGGCAGCAACGUCAGCAUCACCUUCUACAGCAUUAUCAAUCAGUGCAAAAUCAACACCUGAUGCAGCAAAACCAGCUAGAUUACUUUUAUUAAAUGUUCACUGGGGCCAGUUAGCACCAAAGCUAAGACGUGAUCCAGAAUCGUGUUAUCGCCGUUUCUUUGAUACAUGCAGACGUAGACUAGAAGCUAAUUAUGCUUUGGGUCGUGGUUUAGUCACUGAAUAUGGUGUCACAUCAGUCCUGGCAGAAACUGGUGAACUGUUAGCUGCACUGAUGUUGGGCAUUGGGCCGGCGACAAAAGCAAAACACUGCAGUCGUACUGCAGCUAAAUUAGCUAUACGCCGUUUACUCGGAUUAGUUUAUGCUUUUAUUCAGUCAGUUGAGGAUGAAAUGUUUGGUUCUCGUACUCAACAUCCGAACUGGAAACCUCAUGGAUGUACAUAUCGAGGUUGGGAUAUGCCAUUGCUUGUCAAAGUUGAAACUGUUAAACAAGGCCAGUCGUCUCUUCCAACUAAUAAUCCUUCGAUUUGUUUAAAUCAAACUGGGAAUAAAUUGUCUUCUAGUAAUGCUAAUCUGUUAGGCGACUCUUAUCAGUAUUCAGAUCUUAGCGAUGAACCAAUAUUACUAUUGGCGCAUUCAAAUGAACCGCUAAGUUCAAUCAGAGACAGAGCUUAUCUUGCCUCAAGUGCAUAUUUAUUCGCCUUUCAAUCUCAGUCGAAUUAUCGACAAGACAAUAAUAUCUCUCCAUCGUGGACAGCAGCUACACUAUCACUUGAAAAAGCACCAGAACCAAAAGUCUGCUCAUUGUCUUCAUCUUCAAAAGAACCGGUUGUGAAGACUAUGCUUUCACACGACAUGUCAAGUCAACGUAAUGAAAUUAAAUCAGCUGGUAGAGAGAAAUCAUCACAGCCACUAGACACUGUUUUAAACCGAAUGCCUAUUGGUGAACUUGGAUUUCAGGUUGGUCGUCAUUUAAUCGUUCGAUUUUAUGCAGAGUCGAACAGUCGUUCACGUAGUCGGAUCAGCAAUACAAGUGUUGUCUCUUCUGUAGCCACACCACUCCAAGGAAUGUCGAAUAACUCCCUGUAUAGUAGUUCAUUUUCAUUGGCUGGUGCUUAUUUAUCUACACUGGAAUUAACAAAUGAAGGCUUAAAUAAUCCUACUAAUACUGUUUCUAACAGGUAUACUUUAGCACACGAUGAAUCAACUGGACUGUUAAGUUCUUUCAGAAAACGUUUAGAAAUUCCAUCUAUCGGAAGUAAUCUAAUGUCUAGAGGUUCAUCAAUUCUCAGUUUAAAUGCAAAACAAUCAUUGGUAGAUUUGUCGGUUGACUUGUCGAAUACAAAUCAGUCGGUGUCAACGAAUACUUCAAGUGUCAAUACUGUUCUGCCAAGCAUAUGCUUAGGUCAAGAUUCAGCAGUUUAUGAACUUCUCUUUGAAUUAGCUGAAUCAGAACUAUUCUGUCUUAAUUCACAGUCAGGGAAAAAGCUCCACAGUUCUUCUACAGGAACAACAUCUGGUGCAUAUUUUUCUUCAACAUUCAGUUUUAUUCAUCCUGUACGCUUAUUGCUAGCCUGUUUGCCUACAUUUAAAUCACUUCGUUAUGGACGAAAUGGUAGUGGAAGUGUGCAUUCACAAUAUAAUCUAGUGUGUAAUCCAUACACACUACUGAAUUCAUCGCCUUAUCGUGUUCUCUACAAACUACAACUGCUUAGUUCCGCACUAAUUCCUGUAGACUCAACUCCAUGGUGGGAAACAUCUCCAGGCUGUUUAUUGUCACCACCGUCUGUAACUUACUUUAUUAACUAUCCUUUUCAAUCGAAAAUUAUCUCACGAACUUAUAAACCUAUGGAACUGAUUUCAAUGGGAAGUAAUGUAAGAUCAAAUGGAACAGUCAGGAGAUCGUCUCAUACACGUUUAUCACCAGAUGUAGUAAAUGAGAAAGAGUCUAAGGCUGAUUGGUUUCUGUCUGUUGAUGCAAUACACGUCAGCUCUCAAAUGACCAAUUCCACUUCAGCACCAUCUUCACCGGUACUUUCAUCACGUCGGAGUUUAAAAGUAUUUUCAUCUCUAGCACGUGCAAAUGAUGUCUUCUCAUUGAAAGGCAAAUCACAGAAACACGCUACAAAAGAUUUAAGUAUGGUUGCUGAUGCUCCACUUAUUGAAUAUCUCGAGACAUUGGUCCAGUUACUCGAAAGGAAUUUAACUCCCUUCUUCAAUGAAUCGCCGUGUAAAACUGUGAAUGCAUGUAAAAAGCACAUAUCUCCAUUCCCCUUGAUAUUUCGUUCACACCACACGCAUCGUCAUUUAGAUACAAGUGAAGGUGAAUUCCUAUUGUCCAAUGAAUCGCAUAAUACAGCAAUGGAUAAUGCAAAUUGGUGGAGACGUGAAAUACGACAUUUAUGCCUACAGAUGAUUGCUUCUUUACUCAAUCCAAUCACUGUAGGUGAUACCAAUAAUAACGGUAGUAGUGGUGGUAAUAAUAAUACCAGUGAGUUUACAACAGCAGCGCAUAAUUCAUAUCAGCGUAGUGUAACACCAGAACUGGUAGCUGUACUACCAGCUGAUGCACUAGUAUAUCAGAUACCUCCUUUACUGGCAAUGAGUUUACUGAACACCCUAUUAGAAACUGCUUUGGUCAGUGCUGGUAUCGAUACAGAAUUACUGGAUCAUACGCAUGCAAGACAAGCAUCUAAUUUGUCGUUAGCUUCACUGCAUUCUGUACACAGAUCAAAUAUGUUCUUAUCGCAUGUGGACAGUAGAUCAGGUGUUGCCGGUAUCAUUGAAACGGUCUCCUACUUGGGAAGACAAGUUCUAUUUCAAGAUGUUGAAAUUAGUGUACAAUGCAUUCGAUUGUACUUUCAGUGUAUAAUAGCCUAUCCAUGUGUAUUUGUCAAUGUUUUACUGAAAUCAGUUAACUUGGAGAGUAAAUUUAUCCAACUUCUUGUAUAUUCUCCAUCUGAAAGGGUACGGAAUGAAAUGGCUAGACAACUGGAACAGUUAUGUAUUCUCGUGUCGCCCUAUCUGUACACUGGUGCUGCAUGCUUUCCUAUGAAAUCAACUUCAAAUUCAACGCAAUGCUCACUGCACAGUUAUAUCCGUAAUCCAGAAAUACUAAAUCUACUCCUGAAAACUAUACUGCAUUCUCCUUUACCAUUUUUCGAUGUAAAAUUCGACUUGAUGACGUCACCGACUGCAAGUAUUUUGAUUAGUCAGUGUGCAGAAUAUUUUCGUGUCCGCGGCUUUUUGCUUGGUCAAACACCAGCUCAAGUCUUGAAGAGAAAUUUCAACACUGAUCAUAUAACAAUCCUUCAGAAUGAUAUAUCAUGGUUCAGAAAUAUGAUGGAUUUCGAUAGAAAUUUGAACGCAUAUAAAGUUGCUCUUUCCGACUGUCUGUUGGCUGGUCACCUGAAUUCAAUUCGACUAAUCUGUGCACAGGCUGUGGCCUGCGUCAGCAGUCAUUUUCUGUGCACAUUCAAUAGUGGAUCAGGUGCACUGACCACGACGUCAACAACAACAACAACCGUACCACCACCACCAACAAAAUGUCUGAAAAAGCAAGCAACACUGAUAGAUCAGCCAGCAUCUGGACUGAACAGUUUUAAUUAUUCACGGAAAGAAUUCAACGCCGACAGCAGUCAGUUAUUACCACCGGUACAAUUGUUAGAAGCAUUGGCGAAAACCGAUUUGUCGAUGGCUAAUGAAAGUGACAAUGACCUGUAUCAGUCGACUGUUAGCAAUGAAUUCACAGAAACUGUGAUACCUAUUCAUUCUAGUGUAGCUAUGAAAAUAGCUACUCAAGCUUUAUAUUUAUCAAGAGAUUUCAUAUGUUAUCUUGUAGUGGAAUGCUUGUUCCCUGCAGCUAGAUAUCUACUGUCUGAUCAAACAGCGAAAGAAUUAUCAGCACUGUUAAAUGCAUCAAAGUUGACAUCACAAAAAUGUUCUAAACGAGAACGUCUUCGGCGUACACUGUCUGCAUUGUUUCGACAUUGUAAUCUACCACAGUUGGAUGUAUUUAAAAACUGUCAAAGUUUGGAGAAGCUGGUUAAUUUACUAAUCCUUUUGCAUCAUUCGCAUAAACCUGAUCAAAUCGGUACAGGUGCUGGUGUAUUGUCGACUUCACUUCGUACAUCUGAGACAACAUUUGAUCCUGGUGCAUACCAUCAAAUUACAGAUGAAUCAUCGAGUAAACAGCACCAUCAAACAGAAAAUCUGGUCGGUAAAGCCGGCGUUCACUGGGAUGUACAGCCAAUUGUAGCUGGACGUGCAGAAUGUGGAUUUGUUGGUCUGCGUAAUGGUGGAGCAACGUGUUAUAUGAACUCUGUCCUACAACAGCUGUUUAUGCAACCAGGUGUAGCUGAAGCCCUGUUGGCUAUUACAGAUGCAGACGAUACAGAUGAGAAGAAUAUUCUCUUCCAGACACAACGUUUAUUUGGUCAUUUACUCGAAUCUCAACUGGAAUAUUAUGAUCCAGUUGGAUUUUGGAAAAGUUUUCGACCAUGGUCAACAAAUGUGGAAGUUAAUCCCUUUGAACAACAGGAUGCAUUCGACUUCUUCCAGGCAUUAAUUGAUCAGUUGGACGAUGCACUUAAGAGAAUGAAAAGAGAACCAUUUUUCCAGGCAUUGUAUCAAGGCAUUUUUCUUGACUCGAAAUUCUGCGAUGAAUGUGAUCAUCGUUAUGAUCGUGAAGAAGUGUUCAGUGCAAUUAAUUUAGCAGUGAAAGCCAAUGAUCUAUACGAAGCUUUGAAUCAGUUUGUUCGUGGUGAAGUACUUGAAGGCGAUAAUGCUUAUUACUGUGAACGGUGUUGUGUUAAACGUCGGGCAGUAAAACGCCUGUCUAUACACACCUUACCGCCUGUGCUAUGUUUACACUUGAAACGUUUUGAUUUUGAUUGGGAUCGUCAAAUACCUGUAAAAUUUUCGCACUACUUCAAAUUUCCAAGACAGUUGGAUAUGAGUCCUUAUUUAACUGGUUCUGUACAGAAAUUUAGAUCAGCUGCAUUUUUCUCACCGCAUUCAUCAACAUCAGCUUUAUUACAACGUGAAGCUAAAGAAUCCAGAUUUUCCCAAGAACCGCAAAAUAAUGAGAAAAUCGAUGGUAAAGAUUUGACCGAUGCAAACGACAACAAAAGUACAAAUGAAAAUACAAAUACAAAGAGCGUUGUUACAUUUUCUAAUUCACCAUCGUCUUCACCACCAUCUUCUCCGAAGGAGACAUCUCCUGUAGAAGAACAAUGUGAUGGUGAUAUUGGAAAAGUCGAAAUGAAGUCAAACAGUCUACUGAAUAAUUCCUCCGCGUUAAAUGCUCCUUUAUCUUCGUAUAAAAAGUCGUCAGACGAUGAUUCAACGGAAAAUAUCUACAAACUUGUUGGUGUUGUUGUUCAUUCUGGCCAGGCGAAUUCUGGUCAUUAUUAUUCAUUCAUUAAAGAUCGUCGUCGCUGCCAAAAUCCUACAAAUUCAUCAGUAGAUACUUUUGAUACUGCUGACCAAGUCAAUGCAAAUACUGCAAGCCAUCAAGACAAUACCACAACCACAAUAAUAAAUCAGUCAUCAAAUCAUGGCGUACAAACAUUCGAAAAGUCUAAUUUGUCAACAAUUUCUGAAAAUCAAAUCAAAGUGAAUCAUAAUUGGCCGAUUCAAAGCAACCAGAAGGAUACAGAAAAUUGGUAUCGAUUUAAUGAUACAUGUGUUGAGCCUGUACAACUGACAGAUGAAUUGCUUGAACACGAAUGUUUCGGUGGAACGUAUAAAGUUACUGGAAAUGAUGGAAGAACAAUUGAAACGCGUACAAGAUAUUGGAGUGCAUAUCUUCUAUUUUACGAAAGAAGUGAUUUACACUAUCCUACGAAUAAACAGACCAAUGGAAGUACUGAAGACUUGUCCAGUAAUCAGCAAACAGCAGAUUUACAAAUGACGAAUGAGAAUAAGGAUGAGGGAAGAUCCGAUUCACAUUUACCUAAUGAUGAUCAAACUCAACUAGACACCGCAUCGAAUUCACAGUGUAAUGAAAACGAUUUACUGGAAACAAGCGCCUUAACUGUUAUCAGUAAAACUAAAUCUAUACCAAUGCCAACACGUAUUGCACAACAGAUAUGGACAGAGAAUAUGACUUUUCUACGUGAUCAAAAUAUUUACUCACGAGAAUAUUUUCAGUUUAUACGAGAUUUGUGUGAAGGCAUAUUGACAGAUGUUAGCAGUCUACGUCAAGAGCCGGAACGUUCUGUCCUUGGGACAAAAUUAAUGUCUCAUUUCUUGUUCAACACAUUUUUCGCUUUACAUCCAAGGGUAAAACUAAGCAUGGCGUUGAAUUGCACUGAACCGAUAACAAGUUUAUCAACAACAAGUGUUUCCGAAAUGUCAACAAAACUAAUUUCUGAGCUGCUUGGCUUGUUGACACGUUUAGCUGCAAGUAAUCCUAGUGCAGCACGUUGUUUAAUGCAUUUCCUUUAUGUUAGCCCGAAUCAGCCGUGUUUAGUUUCUAUGCUUCUUGAUCCGAAACCAGUAGCACGCCAACAAACUGCAAGUAUGAUUCUCGCGGUAUUGCAAGGAUUUUAUUCCUUUAAAGAGACAAACAUACUUGAUGGUGCAUUGACAGAAGCCGGUGCCUUAUUCGCUAUGCUUCGAGGUUAUGCUGAAAUGUGUCCACAUGCCACUGUACACUUGUCUAAUUUAAAAGCAACUAAAAGACUGUUGAACUUUUUCAUUGAUUCGAAUGUUUCCAAUUCAAUGGCAUCUACAGAGCCAUCUGAUUGUAAUUCUUCUUUCACGGGAAGUGCACCGGACUGGACGCAUAAAUUACGUGUAUGGAGUCCAGCACAACAAAGAGAAAUGGGUAAUCUAUACUAUCUGCUUACAAUACUCUUGCGCCAAACAUCGUUUGAUGCCUACAGAAUCCCAGAUACUCCAUCUCUUCAUGAUGCAGUUCCUGCUCAUCCACCAUUGGCAUACCGUCAAACUUCACAAAGUCGUCUCUUACUUCGUCCACAAAAGGAGACUGUACUUUGGCUUGGUUUGUCUAUUCCACCACUGACGAAUCGUGUUUUACAGCCUCCUGUAUCACAGGUUCAACCAACUACCAGUGAUAAUUCCAGUACAACAAAGCCAUACUCUACUCAACUUGUCGGAUUAUUUAGAUUGUGUGAAGUCCUUUUAAAAGCCUAUAUCGACAAUCCUGUUAUCCCUAGCUUAAAUUCAUCACUUGUUCUUGGUGACAUCGGAAAUCAAGUUUUCUCUGUCUAUGCAUCAUCAGCAACAGGUAGUGGGGCUUCUACGACCACUAUGAGUAAUAGUGGAAGUGUAUCAGCCGCUGGUCUUGCUGCAAAUUCAAGUGAUUCAUCAACACUAUCUGGAAGUGAAUCUCUUCCGCUGAGACAGAGGAUUCGUGAACUUAUGAUACAUUUAUCUGCUAAUUCAUGGGAUGCUUCUCAAUGCUUCAUUGUAGCUUUACUCGAUCGUUUGCGUAAUCGUCCUCAAAGUGAAUUACGCCAGUACUUUGAUUUACUCGGUGAACUUCUACGCCUCACUGAUUCAAUUCAACCGGCUAGAAUUGUAGCUGUUAUUGAUGGUUUGAUUAAUCAGAAAGUUGUAUUCAGUAAUAACAAAUGGAUAUGGUCACCACGUCCUAAUGGAGAUCGAACUCUGUGGGCAUGGAGUAAAACAGAAACGAAUGAUAAUGAUUUAUAUUCAAAUGAUUCCAACUCUCAGAAUAAUGAUCAAGAAACGAAUGAAUAUGGACCGCCACAAGUUCAAGGUUUAUUAGAUUUAAUUCAUGAAGAACAUAGCCAAGAUCCUCGACGAGCUUAUCAAUGUACAAAAUUCAUUGUUGAAUUGUCUUCUCAGAAUUCGGCUGUAGUAAAAUAUCUAUCAAAUUAUCCAGAGAAAUGGGAACCUAUCGUCAAGUGGCUACAGAAUCUUAUGGAAUCAGAGAACAGUUCUUCUAGUCGCAAAAGUUCACUGGAAGUGCCCAAUUUAUGUCGGUAUGACAGUGUAGACAACCAAAGAAAUACAGCCAGUGGUGAAUCAGACGGUUUUUACAUUGAUGUUCCUACAGGUUUAAUAAGCACGCGAAAACCUGGCUCACAUAUGUCGGGUGAUUUGAUUCAAGCUUCUAAUGAAUACGGUGAAACAUCUGCUGGCUUUCAGCGUACUGUAUCAGCUCAGACUACAUUACGUGAAGCAACUCGUUUACUCUCCACAAUGCCACGAAGUAACAAUCCAGAACCAAAAGGUUUAUCAUCGCCACUAACACCGUUGAUGAUGUCAUCUGCUG